AUGCUGUGGCCUGCUUCGGCCCUGGCGCUUUUCAUUGCGUUACUAGUGCUGUCUGGGCUGAGCUGUGAACCGAACCACUAUGAAAAAAAGAGGCAUAAAAGAGACAUUUAUGACGAGCAGCCUCGUUUGUCCUCUGAGCAGGGUAACUUAGUGUUCCAUACUGGCUCCAGCAAAAAUAUUGAAUUUAGAACUGGACCACUGGGGAAAAUAAAAAUUAAUGAAGAAGACCUUGCAGAGCUUUUUAGUCAGGUGAGGCAAAAUACUGUUGAUAUUCAAGAACUUAGGAAAGGCCUUGGUGCCUCUCAGAACAUGUCAGAUCAGAUUGCCUUGCUGAAUUCCAAGGUAGUGAAUCUCAACAUCCAGCUUCAAAAUUUAGAGCAGACUAUCGGAAGGAAAGCAUGUAGUAGCAACCCCUGUCAGAACGCAGGGACCUGUGUGAACUUGCUGGAUGGCUUCCUUUGCCUCUGUCCCAGCAACUGGCAGGGCCUGCUCUGUUCAGUGGAUGUUAAUGAAUGCCAGAUUUAUGCUGGAACAGCAUUAGGCUGCCAGAAUGGAGCUACAUGUGUGAACACACCAGGCAGCUAUAGCUGCUCCUGCACUCCAGACACCUACGGGCCUCACUGUGCCUCGAAAUUUGAUGACUGCCAGGGAGGAUCUGAGACGCUCUGUGAACAUGGCAUCUGCAUAGACGCAGAGAGGGAUCAGCCCAAUGUGCCCAAGUUCCGCUGUGUCUGUGACGUGGGCUGGAUGUCGCCUCCAGGCAGCCCUGCCUGCAGCGCUGAUGUGGACGAGUGCAGCCUCCCGCGCCACCCGUGCUCGCAGAACCCACUCGUGCAGUGCCACAACACGCCCGGCUCCUACACGUGUGGGCCCUGCCCUGCAGGCUGGCAAGGGAACGGGUACAGUUGCCAGGACAUUGAUGAGUGUGAAAAUAAUAAUGGAGGCUGCUCAACAGCACCGAUGGUUCAAUGUAUCAACACGAUGGGAUCCUUCCACUGUGGGCUUUGUCCACCAGGUUAUGAGGGAGAUGGACAAACGUGUACCCAAGUUGAUAUCUGCUCAAUAAGUAAUGGAGGGUGCCAUCCUUUGGCAACUUGUACCCCUGGUCCAGGGGCAGUGCCAUUUUGUUCCUGCACACCUGGGCACACUGGGAGUGGAUAUGGGCCAAGUGGGUGCUCUCCUCUCAGUGACAUCUGUCAGCUGCAAAACCCAUGUGCAAAUGGGCAGUGCUUGGCAACAAUCUCUGGGUAUUUCUGCGUGUGUAACGGGGGCUGGACGGGCACCAACUGCACGGAGAACAUCGACGAGUGCGCUAGCAACCCGUGCCAGAACGGGGGCACCUGCACGGACGGCGUCGGCGGCUACUCGUGCGAGUGCCCCAGCGCCUGGACAGGGCUGCACUGCCAGCAGGCCCAGCACGUUUGUGGAGGAUACCUUUCGGGCUCCAGAGGAACGUUCAGUUACCCUAACAACCCAAGCAGCCAGCGGUAUGAUAAUAGAGUCAGCUGUGCUUGGGUUAUUCAAACUAAUCCCAACAAGAUUCUGCACAUAACUUUCCCAUUCUUCCAACUGGAGGCAAGUAAUGACUGCAGCUCCGACUUCCUUCAAAUCCAUGAUGGGGCAUCAGCAUCAGCACACAUGCUGGGGAAAUACUGUGGCUCGUCGCCUCCGGCAGAGCUCUCCAGUUCCCACCAUUCCCUGUAUUUUUGGUUCUAUUCAGACCACACCAUUACAGCUGGAGGUUUUACCGUUCAGUGGGAAUCUCGGGAUCCUGAAUGUGGUGGUGAACUGACAGGUACUUACGGCUCAAUAAGUUCUCCAGGAUACCCGGGUAACUAUCCUGUUAACAGAGACUGUUUCUGGACCAUCUCAACCAGUCCUGGCCUCCUCAUCACCUUUGCUUUUGGUACACUAAGCCUAGAACACCAUGAAAACUGCAGCUAUGACUAUGUAGAGAUUCGAGAUGGUCUCCUUCCACAAGACCCAGUCCUCAGUAAAUACUGCAGCACUGUCUCUCCACCCCCACUCCAAACCACUGGUCCAUAUGCCUGGAUUCACUUCCAUUCUGAUGACUUAGUUACUGAUAAAGGUUUCUACAUUGUGUAUACAACAUCACCUGCAGAUACAAAUUGUGGAGGAAAUUACACAGAUAGUGAAGGAGUUAUCAUGUCCCCUUUCUGGCCUAACCCUUACAUUAACAACCGACAAUGUAUCUACAUUAUCACACAACCAGAGGAUGAAAAAGUAUACCUCAACUUCACCCAUAUGGAGCUGGAGAGUCACACUGGUUGUUCAUCAAAUUAUAUUGAGGUUCGAGAUGGUGACAGUGAGAUGUCUCCUCUUAUUAAUAAGUUCUGUCAUAGUAUAUUUAUGUCUCCAAUCACUUCUACCAGCAACAGUCUCUGGAUCAAGUUCAAGUCUGAUUCUUCUGCGCAAAGGGCUAGCUUCAGGGCUGUUUAUCAAGUUGCCUGUGGAGGCUCCCUGUCUGGAGCAGGUACCAUCCACUCACCUUACUACCCCAGGACGUCCUCUUACCUGAAGACCUGUGAGUGGAUCAUCUCCCAGCCAGAUGGCCAAGUGGUGAUUCUUAACUUCACCGACUUUGACAUUCGAAAUACAACCACUUGUGACUCAGACUAUGUUGAGGUCAGAGAUGGCAACAACACCGACUCUCCUCUUCUGGAGAAAUACUGCGGUACAGCAGUACCAUCUCAAGUGCAGUCUUCACGGAACUAUCUCUACGUCAAAUUCAGAGCUUCCUCUCUUACCAACCUUGGCUUCAGAGCUGAGUACUGGCCAUUAGAUAGAGUAUGUGGGGAGGCUCUCACUGAAGCAGAAGGAACUAUUACAAGUCCAGGUCAUCCAACUAUCUACCCACAUGGUAUUACCUGUACUUGGACUAUCAACAUUCAGCCUGGCUACCUUAUCCGCCUGACGUUCACUUCAUUUAACUUGGAGUUUGAUUAUAGUUGCAGAAAGGAUUAUCUUGAAGUCUAUGACAACAGCACUGUGCAAAAAUUGGGAAGGUACUGUGGCAGAUCAAUUCCACCAUCACUCACUAGUGGUGGCAACACGAUGACGCUGUACUUUGUGAGUGAUCAUAGCACUGCCUCUGAGGGCUUCUCAGCUAAUUAUAUCUCCCUGGAUGCAUCAAAAGUAUGCUCACACCAGUACAGUAGCGAAACCGGUGUGCUGACAUCUCCAAACUAUCCCAGCAACUACCCUGUCCGGACAGAGUGUGUGUACAGCAUCACAGUGGGAAUGAACAGACAAAUUGUGCUGAACUUCACCGACUUCGUCUUGGAGGGGAAUCAACGCUGUACAGAAGAUUAUGUAGAAAUCAGAGAUGGAGGUUAUGAAACUUCCCCAUCUCUUGGAACCUACUGUGGUACAGAUCUGCCUCCUCUUAUAAUCUCUCAUGGUAACAAACUGUGGAUAAAGUUUGUAAGUGAUGUGUUUGGCACACGACAGGGAUUUUCAGCACACUGGGAUGGUACAUCAGCAGGUUGUGGUGGGACUUUGACAACACCAUCUGGCAUCUUUAUGUCUCCCAACUACCCUAUGCCAUAUUAUCACAACUCAGAGUGCUACUGGUUGCUGAGGGGGAACCAAGGGACCCCAUUCGAAAUCCAGUUUGAGCAGUUCCAUCUAGAGAAUCACACAAAGUGCAACUUUGAUUACCUCGCAGUGUUUGAUGGUAACAGCAGCAGUGCCAAGCUGCUAGGUAAAUUCUGUGGCAAUCAGAUACCACAACCUGUCCGCUCCAGUGGAAACAGCAUGUAUGUGAAACUAAGGACAGACAGCAGUUUGCAAGGUGGAGGGUUUCUUGCCAAAUACAAACAGGUUUGCCAUGAAGUGCUGACUGUUAAUCGUAGCCAUGGCAUCUUGGAAAGUUUAAAUUAUCCAAACAAUUAUGCGUUAAAUGAACAUUGCAACUGGACCAUCCAAACUACAAUGGGGAACACACUCAGCUACAGCUUCACAGCCUUUGAUUUAGAAAGUGGAUCUGACUGUAACCUUGACUACCUGAAGCUCUAUGAUGGGCCUGAUGCACAGUCCAACCUGAUAGGGACCUUCUGUGGGCAGACUCUUCCCCCAGCAGGGAACACCACGGGAACCAGCCUCCACGUGGUGUUUUUCUCUGACGGACUGAAUGCUAGAAGUGGGUUCCAGAUGCUGUGGCAUGCCAAUGGUUGUGGAGGAGAACUCUCUGGCGCGUCAGGAUCGUUUCACAGCCCCGGCUACCCCAACAGCUACCCGAGCAAUAGGGAGUGCAUCUGGUACAUUCGCACAGCACCUGGUAGCAGCAUUCAACUCACCAUCCAUGAAUUCGACAUUGAAUAUCACCCAAACUGCAACUACGAUGUUUUGGAGGUCUAUGGUGGACCCGAUUUUCUCUCUCCUAGACUAGCCCAGCUGUGCAUCUCAAGAUCAGCGCACAACCCACUGCGAGUCUCCACCACAGGCAAUGCAAUCGUCGUCCGUUUCAAGACGGAUGUAGCAGUGACUGGAAAAGGUUUCAAUGCCUCCUGGCAAGAAAAUCUGGGUGGCUGUGGUGGUAUUUUCCAAGCUACCAGUGGUGAAAUCCAUUCUCCCAACUAUCCUGAGCCUUAUAGUAACAACACAGACUGUUCUUGGGUUAUUCAAGUUGACUACAGCCACCGAGUCUUACUGAACUUCACGGAUCUUGACAUUGAAGAUCACCACUCAUGUAACUAUGACAGUGUUGCUGUAUAUGAUGGCCCCAGCAGUGAAGCACCACUUCUUGGAAAAUAUUGUGGGACACAGCAUCCUCCUGCAAUCACAACGUCCAGGAAUGUGGUGCAUGUCCGAAUGCACUCCGAUACAACCAUCCAGCACCGGGGCUUCAGCGCCCGCUUUACUGAAGCAUGUGGAAGUUUCAUCGAGUCAGAUUCAGCUGGGGCAGCUAUUUCCUCUCCUCUGUAUCCUGCCAAAUACCCAAACAAUCAGAACUGCAGCUGGAUCAUUCAGGCUCAGGAACCAUUUAACCACAUUACACUCUCUUUCACUGACUUCAAUAUUGAAAACAGCAGGCAAAACUGCACGACGGAUUUUGUAGAGAUUUUGGAUGGGAAUAACUACGAGGCUCCUCUUCAAGGCCGCUACUGUGGCACUGCUCUGCCGCAUCCUGUCACUUCCUUUGGUAAUGCCUUGGUGGUGAACUUCUUCUCCAACAACAACGUAACCGCCAGGGGCUUCUACGCCACCUACGCUGCGUCGUCGUCAUCCUGCGGGGGUGCUUUCCACAUGGAGAGAGGAGCUUUCAGCAGCCCCGGCUAUCCUGAGCCGUAUCCUCUGGACACGGAGUGCGUCUGGAAGAUUCUCAGCUCCCCUGGGAACCGGCUCCAGCUGUCCUUCAUAGCAUUUCAGGUGGAACAGAGUGAUGGCUGCAGCAAGGACUACCUGGAGAUCCGGGAAGGGAACGAAACAGGCGUGCUGGCAGGGCGGUUCUGCGGCGACUCCUUGCCUGUAAAUUAUACAUCUACGGUCGGACAUGUUCUGUGGGUUAAAUUUGUCUCAGAUAGCUCGAUCACUGCUGGUGGCUUCAGGGUCACAUUCUCUCACUUGUAUGGAAAUGACAUUGUGGGAAAUAGAGGACAAAUAGCCUCGCCGCAGUGGCCCAGGAGUUACCCUCACAAUUCCAAUUACCAGUGGCGAAUAAGUGUAAACGCUUCGCAAGUUAUCCAGGGUCGUAUCCUGCAGAUGGAUAUUGAAGAUAAUUACAGAUGCAAUUAUGACAAGUUAAAGGUGUAUGACGGGCCCAGCAUUCAUUCCCGUCCCAUUGCGACCUACUGCGGCACAGCCCCUGCCUCCUUCACAGCCUCCGGCAGCUCCCUGACUGUCCAGUUCCAGUCGGAUGCCUCCGUGAGCGGAAGGGGUUUUCUGCUGGAGUGGGCCGCCGUGGCCAGCGCUCCUGCGACACGCACCGUGGCUCGAGGUGCAUGUGGAGGGACUGUAACAACUGAAGAAACACCUUCAUUCCUCUUCUCACCGGGCUGGCCCAUGAAUUACAGGAACUUUGCUGACUGUGUAUGGCUUAUCAGAGCUCCUGGAUCCACUGUAGAGCUCAAUAUCCUGGCCUUGGACAUUGAAUCUCACAGCUCCUGCAGCUAUGAUCAACUUAUUAUUCGAGAUGGAGAUACUAGUCUUUCUCCAGUGCUGGCUACUCUAUGCGGGCGAGAACCUCCUGGACCAAUAAGAUCAACGGGAGAAACCAUGUUCAUCCACUUCAUGUCAGAUGCAAGUGUCACUGGAGCUGGGUUUAAUGCCUCCUAUUACAAAAGCUGCGGAGGCUAUUUGCAUACAGGCAGGGGUGUGAUCACAUCUCCCAAUUACCCUCAAAACUACGGUCCUAAUCUGAAUUGUUCCUGGCAUGUACUGGUAACCUCUGGAUUUAUUAUUGCCAUCCAUUUUGAACAGCCUUUCCAGGUGAAGACGGAGGAUGCUUCCUGCAACCAUGGGGAUUAUGUAGAGCUGAAGAAUGGAUUAGAUGCUGCUGCCCCCCCUUUGGGGAAUGGGCGGUUUUGUGGAAGCAGCCCCAUCUCUACCAUGCACACCUCGGACAACCAGCUGUUUGUCCACUUCGUUUCUGACAGCAGCAAUGAGGGGCAAGGAUUCAAACUGAAAUAUGAGGCUAAGAGUCUAGCUUGUGGAGGGAAUAUUUAUAUCAAUGAUUUCAACCCCAGUGGAUAUAUAUCCUCCCCGAACUAUCCGAGCAAUUACCCGCCGCAUGUUGACUGUGUCUGGACCAUAACUGCUCCUAAUGGACAUGCAGUAGAGCUGCAAUUUGAAGAUCAGUUUUACAUUGAACCUUCACCAAACUGUACAUCGAGUUACCUAGAGCUGCGCAGCGGUGCUGACCCCAGUGCCCCGGUCCUUGCCAAGUUGUGUGGAGACUCAAUGCCGGGCCCGCAGAGAUCCUCAGGAGCCAUCAUGUACAUGAGGUUCAGGUCGGACAGCAGUGCCACUCACGUGGGAUUCAAUGCUAAAUACUCCAUUG